CCAAAACAUUCUCUUGAUAUAUUCUUCCCGCCAAAAUCCUUUUUCCCGCUCGUUAUUUUCCCUCCAUUUCCCUCAAUUCUCCUCCUGCAUCCACCGCUCGCAGUCCGCCGUUGCCGUUUGGGAAACAGUAAUUGUUUGGAAAUGGUCAGAGAAGAAGUUGAUAACAUGGUGGAAGACAUGGUAAUUGACGGAGUGGGAACAGAGCAAAAGCCAAGUAGUGAAUUUCCUGAAGGAUUCAACGCUAAUUACCUCAAGAUUUACUAUGGAAAACUUUUUCCAUUUGCUGACAUGCAUAAAUGGAUGUCAUACGGAAAUGAUGGAAAGCAUCCUGGUUGUGAUCAAUCUUACUUCGGGAGAAGAGAAUUUUCUUUCACUUUGGAUAAUGAUAUAUAUUUGCGGUUUCAGUCUUUCAACAAUGUUGCCGAACUAGAAAAUGCGAUCAAGGAGAAAUGCCCUUUCAAAAUUGAUAUUGGUCCAGUGUACAGUGUGGAUCCUGCAAAGAGACAUGCUUAUGCGCAGUCUGGUGAUAAUAUUUUCACCCCAGUGGAGAGAGAACUUAUAUUUGAUAUAGAUAUAUCAGAUUAUGAUGAUGUUAGAUUUUGCUGCUCUGGGGCUGAUGUUUGCUCAGAAUGCUGGCCCUUGAUGACAGUAGCUAUUAAAGUGAUUGAUACUGCACUUAGAGAUGACUUUGGAUUUAACCACAUUUUAUGGGUGUACAGUGGUCGUCGUGGUGUCCAUUGUUGGGUUUGUGAUGGUAAAGCAAGAAGGUUGAACAAUGAACAAAGGGCUGCAAUUACUGAAUAUUUACAUGUCCACAAGGGAAAUGAAAAUAGCCUUAAAAAGGUUACUUUGGCGGGUCGCUCACUCCAUCCGUUCCUAGGGAGAUCAUAUGCUGAAGUGUUGAAAGAUUUCUUCGAGGAAAAGUAUAUUUUGAGUCAAAAUUUAUUUUCAGAUGAGGAAAGAUAUGAGAAGAUACUGGAAAUGAUUCCAGAUGAAUCCAUUUCUUCUGAGCUCCGGGGAAAAUGGCUGGAUAACAAACGAUCACGUGACGAUAUCAAUGUUGUUCGAUGGGGUCAGCUUAAGCAUCUGUUGCAAUCAGGGAAACAGAAGGUGCAAGGCAUUCACAGGAGUGUUGAAGAGAUUGUGUUCUCUUUCACCUAUCCGAGACUUGAUUUGGAGGUUUCCAAACACAUGAACCAUUUGUUGAAGGCACCAUUCUGCGUACACCCCAAAACUGGCCGUGUUUGUGUUCCCAUUGAUCCAAAGCACUGUGAAGAGUUUGAUCCUUCUGCUGUCCCAACUCUUUCCAAGCUUUUGAAAGAAUUAAACAUGGGAGCUUUAGGAACUGGGGGUGAAGAAGAACUGGAAAAUACCUUGCUUGGCAAAUCAAUCAGAUAUUUUAGAUCCUCUUUUUUGCAGCCUCUACUAAAAUCUUGCAAGGAAGAGAUUGAAAGCUCUUAUGCUGCUAAAAUUCAGCAGUCAAAGAACUCCCUAAGCUGGUAGGACGCUAUACUCGACUCCCAACAAUGCUUCUUACUGAAGGUUCUAUACAAGUUUCCAUUACUUUCCAUAUAAAGCAUUUGAAGAUAGUUGAGGUUAUCUUCGUCUCCGAGUAUGAGACGGCAACUGCAGUUGGAGAACGAUCGCACUCGUUGCUUGAUGUAAAUGUGCUCUUCAUGUCAUCACUAAUGUAUCAGCGCUGAAAAAUAUUCUAAGUCGUGUUUCUUGGUCUCCUAUCUCUUUCUUGGAUUUACGUAGUUGAAUUCAUCCAUUAAUGUAUCAUCUUUAUCUA